AUGGCUGCCACCAACAACGCCAUCACGCUGGAUACGCCCAUCGUUAUCAAGGUCCUUUUCCGCGGCCAGACCAGGAAGCUCAAGCUGCCACUGAAGGACCUUGGAGCAAACAUUCUCCCGGAAAAGCUUCGUUCCGGCCUCCAAAUCCACGAUGACGAGCAGGUUGUCUUCGAGCGCUACUCUGACUCAGCCGCCGCGUACGUCACCCUCGACUCGAACGCGCCUGCUGUCUACAAGACGCUCUUCCGAGCCGCAAAGGCAAAGCUCAAGCUCCGUCUGAGGGCCACGGUUGCGGGCGAGUACUGCGAGCUGCCUGCGUCUGCUCCCCCUGCGCUAUCCCGUGCAACCGUACCAGACCCCUCCGUCUUUCGCUUGAGCUCCGAGACCCUGACCCCUCAGGUCGCCGCCCCAACUUCUCCAAUCAUUGUCCACUCUCCACAGGCACCCAAACUCGAGACAACCAGCCCUGCCUCGCCCCCAAAGUCUGCUGAUGAUGGAGAGGCUCCGGUGCCCAGGUCAUCCACGACACGCCAAGCAUUCUUCGACAAGCUCUACCAAGCACCACACAACGCCCCGCUUACGUUCCGUCCAAAGCCAGCCGUAGCAUGCACUGCCUGGGUGGUAUACUGCAACAAUUGCAACCACCCCAUGGACGACGAGCACUUCCACUGCAGUGUCUGUGACAACGGAGACUACGACCUCUGCCCUGCUUGUGUGGACUCGGGCAUCCAUUGUCCUGGCGAUGGCCACUGGAUGGUGAAGCGAUUUGUGAAGAACGGCAACGUGGUCAACAGCACCACCCAGCGGAUCCCACCCAAGGUCAAGGCCACCGAGCCAAAGGACAUUCCUGGAGCCUUCACGGAUGAGAAGCAGUCAGUCACACAUGAAGAGGAGGCGACUCGUACCUGCAACAGCUGCGUCAAGGUUCUCCCCGAGAACGAGUUUGUCACAUGCACUGUCUGCGAGGACUUUGACCUGUGCCUGGAAUGCCACACUCUCAACAAGCACGGGCAUCAUCCUGGCCACGCCUUCAAGGGAGCUACCCUGGAGACGUCUUUGUCUGCUCUAGGCAACGCACUUUGCAACCCAGGCCGAAACGCACGCCACUCUGCAGUCUGCGAUGGCUGUGACAAGUUCAUCUAUGGUGUCCGUCACAAAUGCUUGAACUGCCCAGACUGGGACUACUGUUCUCAGUGCCUGCAAAGUGCCAAGAUCAUCCACCCUCGUCACCGUUUCGUCCCUAUCUUUGAGCCACUCACCGAGCCUCUUUCGAGUGGCUGCCGUCACUACGGAAUCUACUGCGAUGGACCCUUGUGCAAGGACAAGGAGAACCUCUCGUACAUUGAGGGUACCCGGUACAAGUGCGCCGUGUGCCACGACACUGACUUCUGCCAAAACUGCGAAGCACACCCAAGCAAUAAGCACAACCACACGCACCCUCUCAUCAAGUUCAAGACACCUGUGCGUAACGUCAGCGUUACCACCAUGGAUGAAAAGGUCAACUCGAUCACUGCGCUUGGAGAUCGACGACCUGCAUCUAGGCGCUCAACUGCUACCGAGACUGCCCCUGUGGCUGCUUCCACAAACGCUGCGACCCAAGUUCAGACAAUCGUUGACCUGAGGCCAUUAGCUGAGCCAGUCAAGAAGGAAAAGAUUGCCAUUCAGGACCUCUUGUCUGAGCCCCUUCAGGAGAAACCCGCCGUUGUCAAGACCGACCUUGCCCGUGAGGUCUUUGAUGCUCACUUCAUUCGCGACACUAUCAUCGAUGGUUCCAAGAUCUGCGCUGGUCAGCAAUUCGUCCAAGUCUGGACGCUUCGUAACCCCGGCCCUACCGCAUGGCCAGCCGGCUGCAGCGUCCGACACGUUGGUGGUGACAACAUGUUGAACAUCGAUAACAGCCGCACGUUCAGCCAGGCUGAGCUUGCCGAUGCUAGCGAGAGUAACGUCGUUGGCACUCCCGUCCAGGCAGGUGAGGAAGUUUCUUUCCGUGUCGUUAUGAAAGCUCCCCAACGCGUGGGCACUGCCAUCUCUUACUGGCGGCUCAAGACCGCUGACGGCAUUCCCUUUGGCCACCGAUUGUGGUGUGAUAUUGAAGCCGUUGCCGCCCCAGCACUCAUCUCUCCCCACGCCACUGAAGUUGCUGAAGCUUCCACAUCAUCACCGAUGCAUGAGACUCUGUUGCAGGGCAGGCUAGAGAAUUUGAAGACUGCUCAACAGUCGAAGGUACAGCAACUUGAGCAGCAGAAGAUGGAGCGUAUCCAGCAGGUCCGAAAGGCUGCAGUCGAGCGCCUUCUUGAGAACCGCCGCAGGGAGCACGCCGCAGCUCUAGCUAGCAUUCGACCGGCUCCCGCUUCUAAGACUCAGGAGACAAACAAAGAGAUUACCGCAGAGUUGCCGGUCGAAGAAAAAGUCGUGGAACGUCAGCCCGCAACUCAUGCUUCAGGCAUGAUCUUCCCUCAGUUGGACAAGGAGUCACCUGAGUCCAGUACAUAUGAGAUGUCCACCGCCCAGCCUGAAUCUCCUAGAUCAGAGAAGAGCACCAUCGCUCGCACCGUUACUGUCGUCUCCGAUGAGGAGUUUUUUGAGGACGCUGAGAGCGUCGCGCUGCACUCCGAUGACGAGGGAUUCAUGACAGACGAAGAAUAUGAUAUCCUCGAUGCCAGCGAUGAGGAGACACAGUAG